UGGCAGAACAACAGAAUUGUGAUAUUGUGAUAGUGGCCUGCUGGAAGAGGUUGAUCUUCUUUAUUCUCAAUUAUAGAUAUGGGAGACGAUAAAGAAGAAAAGAAACCACUUUUAAGUCAAGAAACCAGGAGCUAUGCACCUAGAGAAGGUGGGGUGGCGACGGUGUCGCCAGUGGGCCCCGAUGAGCUGCCUCCCCCCUACCAGGCGGCCACUGCCGGGGCGGGGCCCAAGGUCACGUGUCGUGUCUGCCAGGAGCUGAUCGACGUCACCAGCAAGAAAGACCAGCACGUGGUUAAGUGCAAUCGCUGCAAUGAGGCCACUCCAAUAAAGAACGCGCCACCGGGCAAGAAGUAUGUACGCUGUCCGUGCAACUGUCUGCUGAUCUGCAAGAGCACAUCGCAGCGAAUCGCGUGUCCCCGCCCCGACUGCAAGCAGAUCAUCAACCUGGCGCCCAGUCCGGUCACACCGCCUGUGCCCUCGCUGCCCGGCAUGUGCCGCGUCUCCUGUGUGCACUGUCACGACACCUUCCUCUUCAACACACUGCAGAACGCGCUUGCUCGCUGUCCGCACUGUCAGAAAGUGUCAUCGGUUGGGCCGGACUUCUCUCGAGGCCGCGGCAUCGCUUUCCUGCUCGUUGCAAUCGUCUUCUUGUUGAUUGGAGCUGGCGUCACCAUGCUAACGUAUCGGUACGCAGCUCAGAAGGGAGGCACCUAUUUCGUUUAUAUUGGUGAGUUGCACACAAGCUCUUUAUUUAUCAUCUCUUCCCUAACAAUUCUAAUGUCAUCGGUUGGGCCGGACUUCUCUCGAGGCCGUGGCAUCGCUUUCCUGCUCGUUGCAAUCGUCUUUUUGUUGAUUGGAGCUGGCGUGACCAUGCUAACGUAUCGGUACGCAGCUCAGAAGGGAGGCACCUAUUUCGUUUAUAUUGAUGAUUAG